GGAACCCGGAAGUAAAACUCGGAGAGGAGCGCUGCGGAAUCCGAAAGGGAGCGCCAGGUGUGGACACUUGGCUCACAGAAAAUGGCGUGGAGAGGCUGUUUUCUGGGCCGGAGCAGAGGAGGGGCGGUGUUUUGUUCCGUCACGAGAAACGGGUGGACGCUGUUCUCCCAGCCCAGGUGCACUUUCCGCAAGGCGCCCAAGAAGGCGGAACUCCGCAAGGGAGAUGGGGCCGAGGGGGACCUCGCUGGACCCCAGCUGGAGGCCGUCACCCACGAGGCAAACCCCGCCUCCUUCGGCCGGCUGCUCAGGCCCCUCGUCUUCACCGUGGGGUUUACAGGCGGCUCCUUCGGCGCGGCCGCCAUCUGGCAGUAUGAGUCCCUGAAGGCGCGCGUCCAGACCUACUUCGACGAGCUGCGAGCCGAUUGGCUGGAGAAGCUCCGCCCGCAGAAGCAGGGGGAUGUGCGGAAGCAGGUCAACCAGUGGUGGAAUGGCCUGAGCGAGGGCCAGCGCACGGUCACAGGGAUCAUCGCCGCAAAUGCGCUCGUGUUCUGCUGCUGGCGGCUUCCUUCGCUCCAGCGCUCCAUGGUGAAAUACUUUACCUCGAACCCAGCCUCAAAGGCACUCUGCUCCCCCAUGCUGCUCUCCACCUUCAGCCACUUCUCGCUUCUGCACAUGGCAGCCAACAUGUACGUGUUGUGGAGCUUCUCCUCCAGCAUCGUGUCCCUCCUUGGGCGCGAGCAGUUUGUGGCCAUGUACCUGUCAGCAGGCGUGAUCUCCACAUUUGUCAGCUACGUCUGCAAGACUGCUACGGGGCGCCUCGGCCCGUCUCUUGGAGCUUCCGGGGCCAUCAUGGCUGUACUGGCGGCCGUAUGCACCAAAAUGCCUGAAGCAAAGCUCGCCAUUAUCUUGCUACCAAUGUUCACCUUCACCGCGGGCAGCGCACUGAAAGCCAUUGUUGCCAUGGAUACCGCUGGCCUCGUAUUGGGGUGGAGGUUCUUUGACCAUGCCGCUCACCUCGGAGGAGCUCUGUUUGGAAUCUGGUACAUCCUGUAUGGCCAUGAACUCAUCUGGAAGAACCGGGAGCCACUGGUCAAGAUCUGGCACAACAUGCGCACAAAGGGUCCCGGAGGGGGCGAUGGCUCGCUCUAGAGGACGUGGCAAGGGUGUGUGUGUAUGUGUGUACGGUCUCUCCAAUGGAUGAGCUCAGACUCCAUCUCUAGGGCUGGGCUUAUGGACUUGACUGCAGGAGCGUCAGUGCUGAACUCGAGCACAGUGGUCUUGACCAGAGUGGCGUGCUCCUCACCGGAGCCCCUAGUGCUGUAACAGGGCCGAGUACUGUGUGUGUAAGCCUGGUGCAAGGAGGGUGUGCUUGUGUGUGUUGCUUUGUGUGUGUGUGUGUGUGUGUGUGUGUGUGUGUGUGUGUGUGUGUGGUAUAAAUGGACAGUGCAAAGGUUGUACAGCUCCGGCACAGAUGCAGUGACACAGCAACUCCACACACAGCACUGCAAUAAAGAUACCUUCA